CCUCGGACUGUGCACUGAUCCUGUUUGUGACAUGCCAUGAAAGCAGCUUGGAGCGCUUUGGCCUUGGCCUGGCCCCUUUUUGCCCUCGACCCUUUGCAAAGCUAUACCUUCACACCAGAUGCGAGCGAAGAGGUAGCCUUCGAGGCAACUGAAAGCCCAGUGGUGCUGGGUGGCCGAAGUACCACCGAGUGCUCGAACAAUGGCUUCACUGAAAACGUGUCAGACAUAGCAAUUGCAAUCACUGACAAAGGUCAGGGUUGCUACGCCAGCGAUCAAUACUCUGUAGGUGACUUCCCGGUGGUGUUGGGCCGCGUCACGAUUCAAAGCAGCUCAAUCAAUGUGGCGGCUGUUGAAAUCCGUGCGGCGGAAUCACCCGCCGUGCAAUUUGUGGCGAGCGGCUCACGCCUUUAUUGGCGCCUGCCAGGUGAUGGAGCCGAGUACUCGAUCUACCGCCUGCGGAAUGGAGUAUUGAUCCGCCUAGCGACCAUGCAGGCCUUGGACACAGCACAGUUCGUAUCCACUUCGGUGAACCUGGAGGCCAUCACUUCACCAGAGAUUUACGUGCUCUUGCCCAGCAGCCAGAUCAUUCCAAGCCCUUCGAAGAUGGUCCUCAGUGGGCAGCAGGUCACUGAGUGUGACCAUGUCUUCCCAGAGUCAGAGACCAUUGGCGAUAUAACGCUGGUCACAAUGUCAGGAAGCAAUUCCAAUUGCUGGACUGACGACCGCUAUUCCAAUAGCAACUACCUGGUGGAAAAAGGCCUGCUAGGCACGAUGGUGGCGUUCAGGAUUUCACCUCCGACGACCAUCGCCACACAAUUUGUUGCCAGCAGAACGAAUCUCUACAUCAGGAAUCCAGCGAACGACGUGAAAGUGUGGACCUAUGGACACGGUCAGUUUGAACUCUUGGACACGGUGUCGAAAUCAGACAUGGAUUUCGCCAAGACCACGGUUCGUUUGGACAACCUCGAAGAGGAGCUGAUUGUGCUCAUCCGCCCCGGGACAGAGCAGUUGACUGUGUGGCCACAAGUCUCUUCGACUGUGGAGGCUGCUGUGCUUGAUGGGGGCGACCAAUGGAGUCUAAACUGUCAUCGCUUUCAACUUGAUGGCCAGCCUUUCGUUCCAAAGCUGCACUGGAACCAUGGCCCGGGCACGCAUUCAGGAAACUACGGUACCUACAAGCGCUUCUUUGCCGUGCUGCGCACGGAUGGACGCGAGGGAGUUGUUUGGCAAGACUUUACCAAUGAUGUGGUGAAGGUCACCUGGCUCGCUGCGGAUCUUUUAUCCUCCGAGACACAUCAGCUCACUGCCCUGAACUCACAAGUCUUGGUAGGAGCAGCGGGUGAUGGAGCGAAUGAAAUGGUGCUAAUUCUGGGAGCCAGCGAGAAGCCCGCGAGCAAGAGUGGGACAGUGGAGGCCGAGGCAGUGAAGUUCUCCGUUACCGGGAGCGAGCUACUUCGCAAAGCCUUGCCAACCGAGAAGGCGACGAUGAACGUUUAUUCCUUCUCCCAGUCCGGUGCCACCGUGGCGUGGGAUCGAGGUGCUGGCACUAUUGCAUGUGCGAUUGCGCGGACCAUGACCAUAGCAGGUGACGGCUUGAACCAUCAAGGUGGAAUUGCCAUUGUCUUGAAUGCCAGCACACUCGAGCUGAUCACCAACUACGGUCAAACAAGCGGCCAUUCCUUUGCCAACUCCUUACAAGUCUCCAGCAAGGAGGGCUGGUAUCUUGGCAUGGACCUGGGUGACAACUACCCUCGAGGAGUUAAUCUUUGGGAGUUGAAAGGUGACUCGAGGAGUUGGCGAAAGAAGUUGGUCUAUACUUUUAAGACCAAACAUGGUACUUCUCCAACCAGUCCAGCCGGAGCAGCAUAUCCGGAAUACACCGCAAUUUCCACAGCCCAGCAAACGUACUACCAGUGGAGCAAUGACAACUAUCUCUACACGGAAUUGGCACAUCCCGGUCUUCAUGAAGUGGAUGAUACCGUGCUGGUCUUCUUCGCUGGAGAGAAGCCGCCCUUGGACAAUUCUCUGGUGGGCAAGGCAAUGAACGUCGCACGCAAUGUUGCUUGGGUGAAGAUCUCUCGGGAUUUGCAGAAUAGCUCAGUCUUAUCCCCGGGCGAGGAGGAGAUUGGGGGCUUCUACACCUUUGGUGGUUCGUUUUCUGAGCAGACGAACCGCGGAAUCAGCUUCCUGACAUCCUACACGGACCUGUCCCAAAGUGUAAGCCGGUUGAAGACGGCAGCAAUCAACGGGCAAAUUGUGCUGCUUUGGGAAAUAUGGUCUUCCUCUUCAUACAACAGGACAGAGUUUAUGGUCAUUGACACAAAAGGUCAGAUCCAAGGAUCUUGGCCCUUAACGUCACUUAGCUUUCCGUUUGAGCUUCCCUUUGCGGACGAUGUGGUGGUCAAGAACGGCAGAGUGGUGACUUACGUUGGAACCGAUGGGAGCAAGGGCUCCAGUCCUUCGCUCGCUCGUUUUGAGCUUUGCUUGGGCUCGACAUGUGAACAGAUCACAGGUACCACAGGCACCACAGACAGCGGCGGCGGCAGCGACGGCGGCCAGAGCACCAGUGCUGCUGGAAACUCUGGUGUUUCCUCUACUGCUCCGAAUGAUGUUUCGGCGUCAGGUUCAAUGUCCUUGAUGCUCAGUGCUGCGACGCUUUUAGCUUUCAGAGCCUUUGGGAUAUGACAGGUCUUUUUCCAGCCACUCGUUCUGAGUGCUCAAAAAGACUGCGAAACACUUCUAUUUUCAAUGAUUUCGAUGCUCGAUCGACCAGACUGGUUUGCAAGAUGAAGAUGCGCAGACGGUUGAGAACGUUGC